AGGCUCAGCGAAUCGGGGAGAAGUAUUGACUCCUCUGUCGACCCAGCUUGCCAAGAUGUUCUCCAAGACUACCCUUCUAGUCCUCGGCCUUGUAGCCAUGGUGGCUGCUGACAGCUUCGAGUCCUUUGAAUAUGCUCCACGAAGGAGGGGAUCUUCCGAGGAGUCCUACGAAUCCAGCGAGGCCCGUUACAACUUCAACUGGGCUGUCGACCACGAUCCCUCCAGCAACGAAUUCGGACACCAGGAAACCCGUGACGGAGACGACACUCAGGGAUCCUACUACGUCCAGCUCCCCGACGGUCGUCUGCAGACUGUCAAGUACUUCGUCGACGGAGACUCAGGCUACGUGGCUGAGGUCAACUACGAAGGAAGCGCCUCCUUCGAGUCAGGCUCCGCUGAAUCCAACGAGAGGCCAAGAUACUACUACGGCUCCAACGAGUCCAAAUAGAAUCUUUUCCCUCAUGAUGUAUUUAUAUCUAUUUAUGCAUAUUUCUGACAAUACAUUUUCAUAAGUAAAA